AUGGACAAGACACCAGUGGGAACGAUUGUGCUGACUGUAGUAGCAGAAGAUAAGGAUACCAAUGAAAAUGGACGAGUCGUGUAUUCCAUCGCUGACGCCAAAGAUGGUUUAUUUGACAUUGAUGCAAAUGAAGGAUACAUAAAGUAAGAGGAUGCGUGUUAACUAAAGACAUAUCUAUGGCUAGUAUAUUAAAUGUUUAGUUAGCGACGUGGAUAGUCAAGUUUCCUCGUUGGUUGGCUGCAUGCCUCAUGCUCAGUUGACCCUCUAACUGCUAUUUGUACCCUUAACCCCUUAAGUCCCAAGAGUGACCAAAGUCAAUUUUCUCCUAACAAAAUCAAUACAUAAUCAAAGGAAAAUGUUGUGAGAAUCAAUGAAAUAAUCACAUGAUGGGAAAAGCUUUGAUCUGCUAUCAAAUUCUCUUAACCAAUUCUUGCAGGAAAUGUAUGGAGAUCAGUCUCGAGAGUGUAUUUGGAUACUGGGGCUUAAAGGGUUAAUUCACCACAAAGAUCUCACCCUGCUCCCGUCUGCUGGAACAACGAUAAUCUUGUGGAGAAGUCAAAGAUUCUAUUUUCACCAUUUUAUAGGAGUUUUUCACUUAUUUUUCUCAAUCCCUUGUAAUAAGGCAUUCCUUUAUUGCGACUAUGGUGCUUGAUUUUACUGCAGUAAGGCUGAGUGCUCAACGUAUUGAUCAAAGCUCCGGCCGUUUGGGCCUUUGGCUCUUGUGCGCUUUCACCUUUUUUUACCUUCCUUGAUUUCAAGUCUUUGCUUUGCUUUCUUAGGGUAAAAAAGCCUAUCAGUCGCAUUGAUCUCCUCCAACGUGGUGUAAUCAGUGCCAAUGGUUCAUUCCUUUUCAAGGUGGUAGCACGUGAUCAAGGGAACAUUCCACUUUUGUCGAACACAACCGUUGACAUAAACAUUGUUGAUGUGGGUGAUGAUAGCCCUGUAUUUAACAGGUAAGGACAGUAAGAAUUAGAUAGGAAAGUAAGAGUACGGUGAGUUGAUGAUUGAUUUUGAUUAACGAUGGUAUAAAUGUGAUAGGCGAUUAACUUAUUCAGUUUGCAAAUCGUGUCGAUAAAUCGUUUGAGUGUGACUGAUUAUUAAAAGUAUCCUUUAGAAUUUCUUGAACUGCGGGAUGAAUCCGCCUUUCCCCUCUGUAAUUUCAAAAAUACAUGCACGAGGUGAAUUACGUGAUAUGCUAUUCCAGAGAGGUGCUAAGCGGCCGUUUCAAAAUAAUGCCAAACAAAAGGUAAAGGCGUACACGCUUUUGGCAACACGACUCUGCAGCAGUGACGGACCAACUACAAACUGAAAAUCGUUUUCCUUGUUAUAUGUUGAUGUUCAUUGUUUUUCUAAAAGGUCUUCUUAUGAAGUCAAUAUAACUGAGAACAAUCCUCCUGGUACCUCAGUUCUACGAGUGACGGUUACACAGCACAGACCUGGAGCAAUAUUGACCUACAAAAUUGUACCUUCAAAUAAUGAGUUUCGAAUCAACAAAAGUACGGUAAGUGGUACCCUGGCUCUAGAGGUCCGUUGAAACAAAUCGUGCUCACGGUUUGAUAAGGCUCUCCUUGGCGCUUCGAGCCUCGUUGACGCGGCUUCGCCGCGAACCAUCAGUAUCGAUAAGAAAAAAAUAUCCUCUUGAACCCAGGGUAGGUAAGUGCUGGAUAGAUAUCAGACCACAUAGUUUCCGCGCCAUCAGCAUUUUUUGCGAAACCUAUCAGUAUUAGCUUUUGUACGUUACGAAAAAUAGUCGUUUCAAAUGCCAUUUGCAUGCGAUCAUAUCAAAUAGAGGCGUCAAUAAUUAAAAAGGUCUAAUUUUUGAUACUCCAAUCGGUAGUGUCGCAACAUGUGCAAAAUUUUUCCGAAGCCCUCGUAAGCUUCUCCAGUUUUAAUACACAACUUCUACACAACGGCUUUGACAAGAGGCUUAACGUGACCGAAACUGAGUUUAAAUAGAAUACGUGGGAAAUACGUUGCAUUUCUGUUAAGAACAGGAAACCCGCAAAUAUAUGUCAAUCUGUUCCUGGUUUUGCUUUGUCAAGAUCCUAUUUUUUCUUCUCUGGAAAAUAGUGUGUCAUUCUUUUAGGGUGAAAUCUCGACGGCGACUUCCCUAGAUAGAGAAACCAGAGACAUCUACGUGCUCACAAUUCAGGCAAUGGAUAACGGUCAAACUCCACUCAGUGGUUAUACUUCGGUAGGUAGAUGUUAUGAAAUUUAACGUACUUGAUGUUAAAAUGUGUUUAUAUGAAGUAGAGAGAUUAAGAUUCACGUUUACAGCACACGGCAAACGGCAAACGUCAGUUGAGAAUUUCUCAAAAUAGAAAAUAAGCAGAUAAAAAAAGUCCAGAACGAUUCUUUUGGAUAAAAUGCAAUAAACGUUGAACGAAAAAUAAGGGGAAAAACGUGGUACAAAUUCGUUUCGUUUGGCGUAAAGGUGAAUUAUCCCUAUUGUGAAUUUCUGAAUGCUUAGGAAUCUCUGUUAUUUUUCGUUUUCAGUCCAGAACCUUACCAUAAUCUAACCCUUCAAAGGGUUUUUAAAAACAAUACCAGGAUUUCGAGGGUCCUGGACUGUCACACAAGUUAUAAAUUGCUUACAGGCAGCCACCCACGUAAUAUGAUGAUGGCUGAACUUACUGUGUUAAGGAGCCAGGUAUCCUACAGAGCGGGCUCUUGUCAUGAGAAAUAUGCAACAAAAUUGCGGUAGAAACUGACUUGCAUUUAUUAAUUUAAGUUGGGUUAGUGGGUUAGUAAAUUGUGACAGCUUUGAAAAAUAAUUUCAGGUGACCGUCCAUGUUACGGACGAGAACGACAACGCUCCCCGAUUCCAGUUUUUUUCACCUCACAAAAUGAACGUGAUGGAACAUGCACCACUGGGAACUGGAGUGGGUCGAGUGCAGGCGUUUGAUAAAGAUCUGGGGCAGAAUGCUUUGUUUGAGUACGCGAUCACACACGCCAACAUAGGUAGGAAAAAACAAAUGUCAAUGAUAGCCAAUAACAAGGGUUAAACUAUGUGAAAAUAAAUGAAUGGCACAAGAUUCCGCCAAACGAUGGACCAGGCCUGCUGACGUUUUCAGACUUCCUUAUCCAUAUUCAUUCAAAACAUUACGGCGUUUCUACUCAAAUCCGCCGAUGCGAGCAAUAUACUAUCGAUUCGAUGGUAUAGGGGGCCUUUUGGCCUAGGUGGAUAUUAUUCUCCUCGAUCCGCAUAAUUUUUCUUAUCAUACUCAGCUUCUUUCAAUAAUUGGUAAUUAUUAUUCAUUAAAAAUAUUUCUCCGUUUCUGAUUGGCUAAAAUCACACAUAUAAUUCCUCAUAACCAGCUACUGUUGACCAAAUUUGAUAGAAUUUUGCCAUAUUAAACCGAUGACGUCAAAAGUGUAGCAAAGUUGCAGAUGAUUGACCGUUAACCGAGAAGACCUGGGGACGAGGUUGAGUUGUUUUGGUAUAGUAAGAAUAAAAAUGGCCAAACGUUUCACUCGUUUUACCAGGAAGACAUAGGCGAAAUUUUGGCUAAAAACAUAGUAAGAACAGCAACAAGACGACUCGAAGGACGACAUCUGCUAUUUGAACAAUAUUUGCGGAGCUGAACGACCUGUGAACGACCCUUUUUCUCCUAAAUUUGCCGAUUAACGUGCACUAUGGAAGAUGAACUUAACAUCGAUGGAGGCAAGCAUGUUUUAGCUUGUUUUUAAACCAGGAAUUAUUUUGAGUGAAUAUUGAAUUCGGCUUUCUUAUCACCUGGCCCGAGUUGUUCAAAGCUGGGUUAAGGUAACCCAGGGUUAGUGCGAGAUUUGAGUUCAGAUUUGAAAGUUUAAAAAGCAUUUCAGUUUUAAUUCUUUUUGUCUACAACUUGAAAGCUCUAAAAAUAACAGAGAAAAUUACCCGAGAAAAUGCUAUUGAACGCCAGAAAAAGAAACCUGGGUUAAAUUUAACUCCGGGUUAAGCGCUAAUCGGCCUUCGAGCAACUGGGCCCUGAAGAAUUAUGGAGAUUGAGGAGGGUGUUAUCCUUAUUCAAUAAUGUCAGCCUCAUUCAAUAAUUGUUAAGUAUCCCAUACUCCACUGUGGUCCCCUUCCCGUUAAUUUAUUUUUCAUGCGUUAUUGCUUUUAAAAUAGAUAAACCGUAAUAAGCUUUGCGGAUUUUAUUUUUGAAAAUUCAGAUUUCUUGAUAUAGUUAGUAAUGACAUAUUUUUCAUACCUGAAGACUACUAUUUAAUAUUUGGAAAAUCGUUUUUUCGGUUUUAGUUCAUUGUGAGUUUUUCGCACUUUUUGACUAAACAAAGUGCACUUAAAUUUUUGCUAAAGGUCCUGCGCUAUGAAGGUCUGCUACCUAUGGGGAAUCACUGGAUAGUUUGUGUAUUUAUUCUUUCUUCAGCCACCUGCUUUUCUCUGUAAAGCGUUCGGCCCUUGUUUAAGGUAGUAGUUUUUAAUUUCCAUUUUGACUUGCUAUGUUUUUUUUUCAGGUCCAGGUCAAUCAGUCGUCUCCAUAAAUACUGAAUGUGAAUCGCCUUUGGGCCUAGAAAGUGGUGGUGUCAAAGCUAGUGAUACCACAGCUACAAGCACAUAUACUGUCCCAAACGAGGAUUACUCCCCGACGCUAGGCAGGCUAAAUAACAAGGUGUUCAACCAGUUUGGGAUUUCAUACAAAGGUAAGAAAUAUCAUACCAUACCAUGUAUCUUUUGAACCCAUCUUCACGAAAGGUAGUCGUACCAUUACCGUAGCAGUCUGUGUAGCAAGAUUUGCCGCAGCAGGAUUAGUUCAUCGGUAGAGUGCUUGAUUGCAGAACGAGAUGUCGUGGCUUCCAUUCCCGGGGCCGGACCGAUACUCAGGGUCUUACAAAUAACUGAGAAGUGAUGAUUAAGACUGCCUUUACCCUGCAAACUGCUAGAACUUCGCGUGGCAAUGAUGACGGUCCCGUUUCCAGUAGGAGACGAAAAAAUAGUCUGUUCUCAGUUGGUACUUAGCGCUAAAUACAUUGACAAUCAAAUAAAGUGUAUUUCUUUACAUAAGUCUCGAGCGCUCGAUCUCGACGAUCUUACGGAAAAAUAAAGGAUUGUAAGCAGUCUAAUUAUAUUAAGGUACUGCGGCUGGUAUUAAGCGAGCUCUACUGUAACUACGCAUGCAUCACAAGAAACAGUUUAUGCAUUACCAGAAACUUUUUGAUAGAAAUGUCCAACAAGUGGAAAAAGAAAACGAGAGGGAUUGUUUUACCAGAUUCCAGCUUUAGUCACUUUUGGCCUCUUUCAGACUUGCUUGGUUAUUCUUAUGCUUGGUGAUUUGUGUUUUGUUUUAGGCGCAUGGUGCGCGGCCAAUAAUAACGACCAACAAUAUCUGCAGAUCGACCUUGGUGGAAUGAGAAAAGUCACACAAAUUGCCUCUCAGGGGAGACCCGCUUCUAAUGAUUACGUUAGCAGCUACAAAAUAUCAUACAGUCAAGUUGGAAACUCUUUUGAGUUUCAUAGAAUGGUAAUUACAGUGUUCAUUUCUACCUCUGUUAGAAUAUAAAAUACAGAAUUUUCCUUUUUAUUAAAAAAGCUAUGUAUAAGAUAAGAUCAAUGAGCAAAACCCAUCAACAGCCAAGUGCCAGCAUCCAGGGAGGAGUCUUCCACAGAGCUGUGUUAUCCCAGGACCUGGAUAGAUACGUUUUCCGUUACCUAUAAAUAUAUAAGUCUGCAUUUUGAUAAUCAUUUUGAUUACUACAGAUGUAUCGUAUUAAUUAAUAUAUAUGCGAUAUUGACCAAGGUUGAGGUCAUAAUACUGGAUAUUUGCCAAGUGUUUUUGGUUUGCUUUUUUACGGCCCGAGAUGAAGUCGCGACAAUGGAUUCUUCAUUCUCUUGCGAGGAGAAAGCGGGAAAUCCCGAAUGGCCAUUAGAUUAGCCUGUAUAAUAGGCGCUUUAUUGAGCCAAGCGAGGCGAACGCGGCAUUUUGCACGACGCGCGAGAGGAGGGGAGGAGAACAACCCUCUUGCCUGCUUAAGUAACCAAUCAGAAUACAGGAUACGCUUCAACUUUCCCAUUUGUGGAGGCGGCUGAGUGAACCGUAUAAUAACCCAGGAUUACUAAGAUGACUGCUUUUAGCUGUACUAGCUUUAAAAAACCAUGAAAUUCUCUUCUAAGGUUUUCCCUGGAAGCAAUGAUGGUGACAGCAUUCAAACCAACAGAAUUCUUCCUGCAUUUCAUGCACGUUAUGUGCGAGUUCAUCCUCAAAAUUGGAACGGACGAAUCUGCCUAAGGCUUGAGUUGUAUGGCUGUGAAUCAACUGGACAGGACGAAGGUAUAUUAUUUGAUAAUGUUUUGCUAAUGUCUCAGUACAAUGAGUAUGACUGAACUACAAGGUUAGAGUGGGGAAGAUAAUUCGUUUCUCGUGCAAAGAUGCGUUUUUAGUUGAUGUCAACCUAUUUUUCUUUAUUUAGUUACCCUCCCUUUUCUGAUAAACCCGGAUACUGGUUAUAUCAAUAUUUCAUCAAGUUUGGACCGUGAACACCAGGCUAAGUACGUCCUUACAGUAGAGGUAAGCUGUGCAAUUACUUUCGUCAUAAUACGUUUUCAAUAGAAUGCAUGCAUUUAGUAUGCUUAGCCCUUGAUACCAGUCGAGGGCCGAAUCUUUCAAAUGAACAUUUCAAUAGCGUCUGAUCUCUUUGGUUCUAUCUAAAGAAUCAGUUUUCUGACGCUGCUUGGCUCUUAGUUAAUGACCCUUAACCAGCAGCAUAACUGUUCAGUAACUCAGGAACGUUAAAAGUGAAGUGUACUUACUAUAGCAUGAGCUUAAAUUUCAAGGUUGUCGAACUUUCAACGAGCUCUGGUUUCUGGUUUACUUUAUGCAGGCAAAAGAUAAAGGUUAUCCCUCUAUGUCAAGCAACACAACAGUUGAAGUGCUAGUUAUGGAUACUAAUGAUAAUGCACCGAUAUUCACAAAACGUGUAUACACAGCCUCGGUUCCAGAGAACGCUUUUGGGGGAUACCAGGUAACAUAUCUUACAAUAAAGAAAAACCUUCCGAUAAUUUCAAAACCUUGCACGAUAGAUAGCCUCCUCCUUUAAGAACGCAUACACUAUAUUUUCAGUUUUCUUUAUUUUGAAGGAAAUUUCGAGGUUUUUCGUUUUUUCUCUUCUUUUUUAGGUUAUACGAGUCACUGCGACUGACGCGGACGAGGGAAGUAAUUCCGACGUAAUAUAUCACAUCGUUGGUGGUGCAGAUAGUAAAUUCAUCAUCGAAGGUUAGGUGUUCAGUACGUAGUUGAAAGGUUGUAGUAAAACAAUGAACGACUAGAUACUUUUUCAUCUUGUUGAAUUUUAAUAUGAUCAGGAUCCGAAAAAAAAAAAGAAGAAAACUUUAGGUCUUGAACUCUACCAGAAUUUGAACCAAUAACAACUGUACAGUUACAGUCCUGAAAAUGCCACAGUUCCAGACAAUGUUGAACACUACAUUCUACUCGUUUUAGUUAAGUUGAGAAUUUAUAGCAUUUUCAUGUGUUUGUAGUGAUUAUUCUCUCUUUUUUUGUUCUAGCUUUUUCUGGGCAAAAAGUGAUUCUUUUUACUCAUUCUUUUCCGUUUUAUUUUUUCAGAAUCCUCAGGCAUUGUUCGCCCUUCCAGCCGUCUUGAUUAUGAAACGCUUGUGGACAAAUUUUACAUUCUAAAUGUUUCCGCGUCUGAUGGUGGAAAUCCACGGUUCAUCACCUACUCUGUGCUCAAUAUUUCCGUGACAGACUUUAAUGACAAUCAGCCUAAAUUUGCAAAAAAUUCUUACAGCUUGGGCGUUUUGGAGAACGAGACAGUUGGUGUAUUCUUUGAUCAAAUAACCGCCACUGAUGCGGAUUCGGGAGAAAAUGCUAAGGUACAUUUCUGAUAUGCCGUAUAAUAUGCUUUUGUAUUUAUCCUGUAAACGCAGCCCACAAGUUUAUGACUGAUAUGGAGAUAUACCCUCCCUUUAGAUACAGAAUGUGAAUAUCGUUUCGGAAAUCAUGACCCAGUUGUUAAAAAUUUGGCUAGGAUUGUUCUUUUUUCAGUGGAUUGCAUCGCAGUAUCCCCUGAAGAUUGGAGCUAAAGGUACUGCGGAACUUGGACCAGGCAAAAGCAGAAUACUCCAAAGUCCUUCCUUUGGCCUUAGAAGACUAGCCAUUUGAAUAUGGGGAGUUUUGAAGGCUUUGGAGGAUUUAAAAUAGUGCUUAAAAUGUGACUAAUUGAGCUGUUUUUUUGGACUACGAACCAGCACUAUCAUUCUUUAGCAUUUUCGUAUAAAAUUCAGCUAUAUGGGCCCCCGAGGCUAACGGGACAUUUAAAACACGUGCUCUCUGUCCUUUUGGCAGGUUAUUGUGCUAUGCAUAUAAAAAGUAUCAGCCCUCAACACUUUCUUAACCAAAUAAUUUAUUAAUUAAGUUUUCUUGGCUCUACGGACAUUUAGUUUUUAUUUUAAAGUGCUCUUUCAUUAUCUGUUUUUGGUUUUUCUUUUUCAGAUAUCCUAUUCUUUAAAAGAUGACCAUAAGACGUUUUCAAUAGCUCCGGACACGGGUGACAUAAAGCUCCUGCGCGAGCUGGAUCGAGAAACAAGGGACCAUUAUCUGGUCACCGUUACAGCGACUGAUAAUGGUGCACACAGGCUCUCAUCCAAAGUGGAGGUAACCACCUUUUUUUCGAAUGAGAUAAACAAAACAGAGUUAUUGCAGAAAAGGAGGGUCAAUUUUAUCAGUGGGGCAAAUUUUCCUUUAUUUCAACUGAACUCAUCAUUAUAUAUUACUGGUGAUCAACUGACUGGCAUAUACAAAGGAAAAUAGUAUUUGAACCUAGGAUAAAAUGAAUCACAACGUUUGUUUCACCUUCUUUAGGUUUCUGUCGAAAUCCUUGAUGUAAACGACAACUCUCCUGUGUUUACGCUUGAUUUAUACGCCCGAAAAGUGUCAGAAAAUGUAGCGGUUGGUACCACCGUCCAAGUUGUCAAAGCUAAUGAUUACGACAGCGGCAAAAAUGGUGACGUACGGUACCACAUAGUAUCUGGAAACGAGGCUGGUAAUGUGUUACCUAAAGUAUAUGUUGGUGGAAACCAUCGCAUUGAGUAAUAAAUCACUCGGAUGUUCGGAUCUUCAUUUAUGUAGAUCGUGUUUUAAAAGUAACUUCCCUUUAAACGUAAUCAGAUGCCCAUUAUUCCAUUGCAACAAGAUCGCUCUACACGAUAAUAGGACUUCAGUUAAUUACUAAAGCUGUACAUGACUUAUUGACGGAAUCAAGCAAAAGUAACUACGAGAGAACGACUGGGCAACUGACUAUGUUACUGACAAUAAACGACUGUGACAAUAGACGGAUCAAAACGCACGGCGUACUUGACAGGCGACCAAUAACAUCGCGACUUAUUAAGUCGAAAAAAAAAUUUGACCAAUCAGGUUAACAACCACAGUCUACUACCAUAAAUUGACGUGAUACAAAUCGCUUUUACUCUGGCGUCAGUCACUGUCAACAACAACAGUCCUAUUCAGGACUACGUUCACCCAGACGAUCAUACUCAGCCUACUUAUGAAAUGACUCCUGGGUUCAAACCCGGCCUUGCACAGACAAACAAUAAAGUAUCGCAUAAAUUGCUUAAGCCGUGCAGUUAUUUAUCAUGUUCAAUCUAUUACUCUCAAGGACUCUUCUUACUCAAUGAGAAUACCGGUGAGAUAACUGUGGCAAUGUCGCUGGACCGUGAGUCCAACAAUACCUUGAGGAUGGUUCUGCGCGCUGACGAUGGUGGGCAACCUAAACGAAGUGACCAAUCAGAGGUGGAGUUUGUCUUGACUGACGUGAACGACAAUGCUCCCGUCAUCCGACCUCAGAAAAGUGUGGCUUCAGUUUUUGAGGUACAAAGAAAGCAACUGUCUAACUAGAAAAAGAAACUAAUUUUUUUUUCUCUAGAAAAAGAUUGGAAUUGCUUGGGGUUAAAAGUAUGAUUAUUUACAUUAAUUUGUAAAAAAAGCGUAACGUUUACGGCAGAACUAGAUGCCAUAUUGUUUGUUUAUAGAAAAUUUGUAGAGGUUUAUUCGAAACAUUUUCCAACAUCAUAACCAUGUUAAGGACUUGAUAUAAAUUAAAUAGGUAACUAAAUGGAUCGAUAAAUAGUUUAACACUUGCUUGUAGCAGUCAUUGACAAGCUUUGAUUAGACAUAAAUAAACUAAAAGCAAAGAAACGAAUUUAAGGAACUUGAUUGAGAAUCUCCUCCCACCCUUUAUAAAAGGGAAACCAAUGAAGGCGACUUUUGAAAUCGUUGGCCCAAUACUGAUCUAAAAUUCAUUGUUUUAAAGUGCGUUGAACUUUACUUUGUUGUAUACAUGUAGACAAUUGAAUGAGAGAAUGAACUUUAUUUAUCGCUGAUGACGUGGGGAGUGUUCGCCCAGUCUCCCGAGCCAAGGGCUCAUAUUUAAAACGCUCGACUAAAGGAAAAAUUAAAAUUAAAACAAGUGACAGUAAGGUACUAUGGGAAAAUGCAAUUGAAUAAUCGAUAAAUAUCAUAAAUAAGGUAUAAAAGUCCUAUAAAAUAUUUACAAUAAAAAUUAAUUAAGAAAUUAAUCCGAUUAAAAACCCAGGGGGUUUGUAUAUAGUACAAUUGAUACCAGAUAAUUUACGAUAAACAAAGCUACAAGAUACAGCUCUGACAGUGACAUGCUUUGUACUUUUUAUUUAUGCUAAAAUGCUGGACCGUGGAAGCUGAUUUAGCAAACAGAGGCAAAUUAUUCCACACGUGGGCGAUAAAAUAAGAAAAGAGAUUAUGCAUAAAACGGUUAUUAUAGUGACUGAGAGACGUUUAAUCCUCUACCUCGUAGGUUGUAGUUGGUAAUAGUUGUUAACCUUAGGCAUAAAAAAUUAGAUAUAUAGUUAGGGUUAUGCAUCCUAAAACUUUGGAAAAAGGCGAUAAGCGAAUGUGAUAUUUGACGUGCUUAGUAAGGGCAUUGGUUGUUCUCAUUAUGAUGUAGAAAUUAUUUUAACCUGGCGUAUUCUUUUUCUUUUGUUAAAGAAUGUAGAUGAUGGGUAUUUCGUCUUUGAUGUCAAUGCUACUGAUGAUGAUAUCUUGUCGAACGGGGAAGUGACGUACUCUAUCAUGCAUGGCGAUGAAGACAAGUUCGUCAUAAACGCUACCUCUGGUGUCAUAACAACCGCUGGCGCACUGGACAGAGAAACAAAGGACAUAUAUACGGUAAUGAUGAUUAACUGUUGAUCACCUGUCGAACCAGAGUCGCAGCUAGACUUUCAGAACACAAGUGUUCUGGCAAGUGUUGCAAGCAUCGAAGCCACGAAAACAGGGGAAAUGCAUAAAUUAAGACGAGGCAAGACCCUCGUCUUACUCAGAGUUAGCCCUGAGAACUCUAUAUGUUUUGAAAAGUUCUAAAGCUUUUUCUCAUACACAUCUCGGAGUUCUUAUACACUAUUUAACCAAUGGUACAAGAGGUCGAAUGAUCCUUUAUUUAUUGUUGGUGAGGACCAUUUCCUCAGGUUAUCGUUUUUUUCUCUUAUUACUGACGUCUCUUUUUUUGAACGAUAGACGCGCAUGGUUGCAAUUGUAGAUGUUUUGGCUAAUUGCACCUUGGGUCUGUUUUUAGACACAAGUACUUCAUUCUAUUAGCCUUACUGCAUGUGGUGAGGAAACUGGGGUCAAAAUUUGGGCCUCAAAACACUUUCAUGAUGCAAUUUGACACAACACCCUCUGAGUGCCGUUAGUGGACGACUAUUUAAUGACAAACAAUGCUUGUACUUAAAUAAUAUUAAUGAGUUCCAUCAAUUGAUCAUGUUUGUAUGGUCAACCCUCCUAUAGCUUAUUGUGAUGGCUCGAGAUCAAGGAGUGGUUCCUUUUAUGGACUUUGGAACAGUUGAUGUUAGGAUACUUGACAUGAAUGACAAUACACCGCUUUUUACCACUGUAAGUAGCUUUCUUGGAAAACUGUUCCCUAUUAAUGUUGCAGGUCCCUUUGAGUGUUAGUGCUAUAUCUUAUUAAACUGCAUUUAAAUAACAUAUUUUCCCUCUCGAUUUUUAGACUUUUGGGCCAUUUGAGGUGAUCGAAAAUGCAAUUGAAAAUACAUCUUUAGGCAAAGUUUACGCCAUGGACAAAGAUAUUGGAAGCAAUGCAGAGAUCAUGUAUUCCAUUAGCGGUAAGAUGGAAUGAAGCUAAUACGGAUGGUGGUUAAAAGUGACAGUGUAACAUGACGCCCAGUUAAUUUGUUUUUCAUAAAAUUUUUGUCUCUUAAUAGUAUCUAAAAUACCAAUCUCUACAAGAGGUUAAAGAAAAUUUUAUUGUCUUCCCUUGUUUUGCUUGUAAUAGGUGGAGACCCUGAAAACUCUUUCACUGUUGAAAAAACAACAGGUGCAAUUUUUACCAAGAAACCGUUGGUAAGUUAACCUGGAAAAUUUUUAAACACUUCUUAUUAACACUUAAAAGAGAUGUACAGUUUUCAGUUUUGAGAAUAUAACGUGCAGUAUAAUAAGAGACUCUAAGACUUUGGGGAGAAAGUGCAGCUAUGCAACGUUGUAUCGCACUAGAAGAAGACAGGACAUUACUGCUUUGACUUACGAUUGCUGCAUACGAACAGUCCUGUGCAAUGCUCUUGGUCAGUGCAGACGAACGAAAACAGCAGGCGAGCCGAGAAAAAGCGCGCUGGCGACAAAAGAAGGGAAAAGAGAGAGGAGAAGAGCUUCUACUUCCUCGUUUCUCCCCAGGUUGUUGCCCUUUUUUUUUCAGUCCGCUUUCUUCACUAUCUUGGACCUCUCUACUUUUUACUUGUUAUGACCUGCAUUGAACUUGGUUAAAGCGCAGGAGAUGGACACGAAUUAGACAAGUACACUUGAUCAAUCAGCCUUGUAACUGAAGAAGAAUAAUCCAUUUCCAUGUGAUUUAUUGGGUUAUAAAUUUGCUUGUAUUUUCUGUACUUUGUAUAGGAUCGUGAAAGUGUUGCACAAUAUGAUCUCGUUUUGACUGCCUCAAAUGAAGCGUCCAGUCUCUUGCUUGGCAGCAACACCACAGUGCGCGUGUAUGUCCUGGAUGCCAACGAUGAAGCUCCUCAAUUUAAUUCUCCAAGCUACAAUGUCACCAUUUCUGAGGGAGACAAGGCAGGCAAAGAUAUCGUGACCGUGUCAGCUCAUGAUAAGGACCUGGUGAGUAUUUACCCGUUCUAGUGAACUAGAGACAAGUUCGAGUACAGUGAGUGGUUACCGCAUGAGCCCCAGUUCAUCUUGUCCUGUUUCAUUGUGGCCUUGUGGCUUGCUAAGCGUAUCGGAAGUAUAACGGAGGCGGAUGGAAUUGCAUAUGUAAGCAUGCUGGAUUACAGGUCGAACAUCUUGAUUUUAUUGUUUUUUUGAAUAUUAGAGAGAGACUGGAGUAUCACCAAGUCGAGCUUACUCGAACAUUCCUGAGACAGACUUUCACUAUGUUCGUCAUCAUCAAUUACGCUAUUACCAAACGGCUUUAUUGGGCGUUACUUUUGUAAUUCUCGUUUCAUGUGUUAAUACCGCAGUGUUAUGAUUAGUAGGGAUUUAGUAAAGAUAAGGUUGAGUACAGCCUCUUUUCUUUUACAUAGGGAACUAAUGGCCGAGUGCUCUACAGGAUUCUCUAUGACGAUGUGAACAUAAAUGUUUUCAGUAUAAAUCAAGAUUCAGGAAAGAUGAUUCUACAAAACAACAUAGAUGAAGACGAGUACAGAUACCUCAUUGUUAACGUGGAAGCAAAGGAUCUGGGAUCACCACAGCCUCUCACAUCUGUUGUCCCUGUUUACGUCACUAUUGUGGAUGAAAAUGACAAUGGACCGAUAUUUGAAGAAAGCUCAUACGGGUAUGGUGUAAUCAUUUGCCCCCCUCAAAAAUGGGUUUCGCAUUAUGAAACUCCUUUAUCUUUGAAAUACGGAAUGUUUCAAGAAUUUUAGUGGCCGAAAAAGCGCAUUUAUUACCAACCUCUCCUAGUUUAAAAAAUAGAUUUUCAAUGUUUUUGAAUAUUUGCCGUAAUUGCGGUUCAUUUUGUUUUUGGCGCAUCCGCAUCCCCUGUCAGCACUCAACAGAACAUUCUUUUAGAGGCCCUGCUCUUAGGGUGCAUGCUCACAAUCCAAAAUUCAGACUUUUUUACGAAUCUAUUUCGAUCCUUCUUUUUCGCUCACUUUCUUUCCUUUUCCUUUCUUUUCUAUUUCUAGUUUUGUUGCCUUCUUUCCAAGAAAGGAGGAAAUUUUAUCUGGAGAGGGUAGUUAGCGAAUUGCGAAAUUGGCAGUGGAUUGUCCCCCAAAAUGUUACUAGUUUUUUGUGUGUAGCUCUGGCCGGAUUGUUCAGAAUUUCCAAAAUAGGGUACCUGCGUAAAGAUUUACCCUCCCUCAAUUCGUUACCUGUCAGCUUGGUCAACUAAACUGAAAAAUAAGUCGGUUCAAAAUGUAUUAUCUGUAUCGUUCCAUAUUGAUUCCAAAUGACCCAAUCCCAAACCAAGGGGUUAAUACAACUUUCUUGUCAGUUUAAUCAUUGUUACUUACUUGUAACUGGGCAUGGGUUGUUAUCAUUAUUGUGGUAUAGGUCCUGCCCUUUCCUACCAUCACUAUUUACUUCUAAAUAUGAACCUUUCAAGAAUGUUUGAUUAGCAGAGCUCCAUCCCUUUGUUUUUUUGCCUCACGCUUGUGUGAUCCAUUUUUUCUUUUUCAUGUUGAUGUCUGACCGGCUGAAUGUCUGAAAUUUCCCCCUGUUCUUUCUUAGUUAUAGCACCAUCACCUUUUGUUCAUCAGCCCUGGGUGGAUAUAGGCAACUCUUCGACGUUUUGUUUUAUUCUUAAAUAAUGAUUUUAACAAAUUUUUGCCAGUGCCACCAUAUCUGAGAAUGCUGCGGUUGGUCAGUCAGUGAUUCAAGUUAGCGCCACAGAUGCAGACACAGGAUCAAAUGCUCAGAUAACAUUCAGGAUAAUAAGUGGAGAUAAUCAAGGUAAAGACCUGUUUGCCUAAGAUCUCUGUUGGGUGUAGAGAACACUUUGUAAUUAGAUAAUCGCUUGCAGAACUGGAGCAAAACUUCCCUUCUUGGUGUUUUUUUCCGUUCGCUACAGUCUCGGCUUUCCCGCGUCGUCCACAUUCCAGCAAAGGCACCCCACUAAGAAAGCAAUAAAACCCAGUAGGCCUCCUGCCGCUGGGUGCCAUGACUUUCUAGGUGGGAUGCCUGUGCUGGGAUCAAAUUUUGAUCUCAUAUUGAAUGUGUAAUAUCAUUUAUAUUUCUUCUUUAUCGCAUCAAGCAUGUAUAUUUGAGUGUCCGUAACAUAGAUGAAUAACAAAAGCUCCAGAUUAUAGGACAAGAACUAACCAACUUUUGAUUAUAUUCUUUCAGGGGACUUUCGAAUACAUAGCUCUGGGGCAGUUUAUGUAAACAAAACCGUCGAUCGAGAAAGGAUCGGCGUUUAUUCUCUUGUUGUUGGAGCUUACAACUAUCAAACCAGGGCGUUCAAUCAGACGAGUCGGCCACGUAUCAGGAAUAUUGACAGUAUGUGGUAUUAUUAUUAAUACGUUAGAGACAAAACCCUGGUUUUUCUUAUUCAUAUUCACUUAUAAUAAAAGUAAACAAGAACAACUUAACGACUGUCUUAACAUGUUUUAUUUUAUGGCUUUAGCUUAAUGCGAUACUUGCUCGAUCUUUUUGUUUUAAGGCAAUGGGUAUCUCUAUGACACUACACUUGUUACAGUGACCAUCUCAGAUUUAAACGACAACGCACCGGAGUUCAUCAGGUCACUUUUCACCGGAGGUAAGAAAAAGAACUCAAGAUAGAGAAUAUUAAGGAACCUUACUUAAUAUUGUGUGUUAAUUGCUGAUUUUCAAUUUUGUUAGAAGGUGGCCACGCUGGUAGACAAAACAGUAAAAACUGUCUUCGCACAAGACAACGAAAACGUGCAACUUGUUUUGCAACAUUGCCGCAAAACGAGUCGAAAAACGAUAUUGCGCGUUUUACUACCCUCGUUCUCAAACCUGUCAACAACCUGAUUUUUUGCAAGACUGGCUCGAUAUGCGUGGUGAAACUCACAACAUCACUACUCAACUCGUUUUGCAGCAAUGUUGCGAGACAAGUUGGAUGUUUUUAGUUGCCCGUUUUCCCAUACCUUAAGUUCCUAGCGCCGCGGAAGGAAACGUUGUUGUUUUUAAACUAAACCCUUUAUUGACAUUAUCCACGAUUAUUAAUGUCUUUCAUGACGUUGUGGUUCUUGUCCGCCAGCAUGGCCACCGUGACCUGAGCUAAAACUAGCAAUACUGUUAGAAUAAGGGUGGAUUCAUUUCAACAUACGCGUAUAGCUGUCGCGUUUGCCUGCUGGAAUUUUUUGUUGUUUUUAAGCCUUAAAACAACAAAAAAUCCCAGUGGGCAAAUGCGACAGCUAUGCGUAUAUAUUGUAAAUGAAUCCACCCUAAAAUUCACCUGGUUAUUAUUCAGCCUGGGAUAAAUAAACAUGUCGAACAGGUCGAGUUUGCCAACCCAGUAAUAUGGUGUCAUCAAUAUUUUAGGUAUUGCUGAAGGCGCAGGUCUGGGCACAUAUAUAAUGACAAUCAGGGUAAGUCAAAAGGAAAUGAAAUAACCAAUUACGUUACUAUCAUUUUAAGCAACUUCACGGGGUCAGAAAAAUGGCAGUAGGUUGAAAAGGAACUUUUGGCAUUCUAUAACUAUAUCAUUGACUUUUAUGUCUCGUCUCUCAUUUUUGCUCUUUAAUUUUUAAAAAUGUUGAACUCGAACUUUGCUAUUUACAGAAGAGGGAACAUUUCUCUGUAUUUUAACUUGAACUAACGUAGCAGAAUAGAAGGGCAUUAGUAAAUAUACUUAAAGAAAGAUGAUCUGGUUUUUCGAAUAGAACUGAGAGCUCAACUUGUAACUUUUAGCAACAAGCAUGUUACUUUUCGUGCUUCUUGUAGGCUACGGACAGAGAUACGGGUAACUUUAGUUCCAUACAGUAUCGAAUCUCAUCUGGUAACGAUGGUGGAUUUUUCAAGAUGGAUGAAAGUACUGGGUUUAUUACGACAGCGAGUAACUUUAAGGGAAAGAAGGGCCAGCGGUUUACUAUUCAAGUGAGUGCACACGAUAACUUUGGACGAGUUCCUUCAAACAAGGCUUUUGAAGAGGCGACCGUUCAGGUAAAAUGGUGCAUCAGUUUCUUAAUUUUUACUUGGAACAUUGCUUUUUUGUUUUCUCUAUCUCAGAAAGGUUUGAUUGGCAACAUUACUUGCGCUUAAACGUGUAAUUUAACUGCAAGCACUACAUCGUAAUGCUGUUUGUGUACGGUGCAGGGUAUCAAACCAGAAAGGAAGUGUUUUAAGCGCGUUGGGAUAGGCUACUCAGCCUUGCAACGUAUAUGCCUCCGCAUAUACGUUUUUUUCCAUAUCUUUGUGUAUUCUGCAGAUAUUCGUCCUUCUCGAUCAGCAAAGAGUCACUCUCAAGGCUGAAGUUGACCCGUCUCUUAUCGAGCAGAACAAGGAGGAGUUUGUCAGGUUACAGAAUACAAUAUACUGUUGAUGACGUUAAUUGCUUAUUUUAGCACUAACAGUUUCCUUGUCACACAACAUCAUCACAACCUCCAAUAUCCUUAUCAUCAUCAUCACCAUCAUCAUCACCGUUACCUGUUCUUCCUGCUCCUUUUAGUUAUACUACAUAGAUUACCUUUCUUUUGAUUUCUUUUGAUAUAUUUAAAUGUUUCUUCUCUAGGGUGUUGAAUAACAUUACGGAGGCCGAGGUAAACAUUGAAGCAAUUUUCAAGGUAUUUGGACAAGACAGCAACGGUAAACAAACCACAAAUUCUGAGGUUCUGUUCCAUGCCGUUAAUGUGAAAAGUCAAAAGAUAAUGACCAGUGAUCAAGUAUUGGGGUAAGUAUCAUUGCAGCAAUUGUUUUUUUAAUAUUUCGUGUUCAUCGGAAUAUAUAUAAAGCGGUCUUUGCCCUCUUUCUUUAAAUGGUCUUUGAAUCUAUCACGUGAAACCUACCUACCUUGUUCGAAUAAUAGCCUGGAGCGAUUAGCUUUUUUUGCACAAAAUGGGGGCGAUUGUUUUGAAUAUUCUCGUCUGGGGGGGAUUAUUAGAGGGAUGACUAUUAAUGGUUUUGACCUUCGCUUAUUGUCGCUAGCUCUCCUUAACUUUCGAUUAUUACUAGUUGAGUAAAGUAAAAGGGAGUGACGAGUACCUUUUCCACUUCUUGAUUUAGAACAAUUGAGAAGUACGCUGACCAGUUGGAGACACUUUACGCUAGAUGGAAGAUCAAAGCGCCUCUCCCAACUUCCACGCUACCACCCACAAAAGACAGUGGACUGGGAAACGCUGAACUUGCGUUAAUCAUUCUUGGGUCUGUAAUAGGUCUUCUCCUGUUGCUUGGUCUGUGCUUUGCUAUCAAGACAAGAUGUAGGUAAUGUCUCAAAGCAAUAAACUCGUUACACGAGCUAGCAUAAGCUAAUCACGGUCUGGUUGUAAGUAAAUUCUCUCUUCUUCUUCUUCUUCUUCUUCUUCUUCGGGGCCGUAUUCUUUUUUGGAUAGUUUUCAUUAACAACGUUGCGGAGGAGUCUCCCUCAAAGCUGCUAUAAGGCAGCACCAUCGCUGGCUAAUAUCAGAGCGGGACCUGAUUCAAGGAACUACAGUCGAACCUCGCCUAAGCAACAUCCAAAAUGCAAAGCUUAGUGGUUGCUUACGGGAAGUUAUCGUUAACAAGAAUCAAACCACAGAUAUCUUCUGAGAAGAGGUCCGGACACAUCUACCUUAUGGAAAAUACUCAUUGUAUGCGAUUUCUAAGUUGUCAUAUACGUAGUUCCAUGUUGUCGCUAAAAGUUCUUCUUAUACUCUAAGUAGCCUAGUACUUACAGCGAACAUAGAGAUCAGGCCAUUGGUCAAGUGGUCGCUUACAAGAGGUUAAAAACAAUGGAAAAUUAUUAAACCGCAGCCCCAAAACGUGGUCGCGGUCGUUUACAAUUGGUGGUCGUUCACGAGAGUUUGCAAUUGUAAGGCUUUGACUGGGAAAACGUUGGCGUUUUUGUAUAGGUUGUCGCUUACGAGAGGUAGUCACACAUGCCUGACCUUAAAAUAUUUAACUAACUCCUCUUUAGUACAUGAUGCGUUCGUGAAAAUUUCCACUUCUGUCACGUAGGGGCUGUAUUACAUUAAUUUGAUACAUUUAUUGCCAUUUGCAGAGUUAAGAAGCGUGACAUGUACAAUUCUCCAAAAGGUCGGAGAAAAUUUAGUGACAUUAACCACCGGUAAGUGUUGGAUUAUGUUCUUACUAUCUUUCUCAUUCGUCAGAAACUCUGACGUUAUUUAGUUUUCUCAAGGGAUGUAAGGCCUGAGUCAAAGUAUUGUUCCGGAAAAUGUCAUCGAUUGGCAAAAUCUGUAGCUAGGAUACCCACAUGUAGAAUUCAGCCAUGGUCACGUGACCGGCACGUGGUCAAACGUAUACGAUGAAGGAAAUUGGUGGCGAAUUUACUUUGGAUAGUUUACUUAACUAGCGUUUGUAAUAGAAGAUAAAAAAAAAAAAAAAAUGUUUUGGAAUGAAUGUACUCGAGGGUUAAAAUGGAAUUUUUACCCGUACAUAGAGAUUGAAAUAGAAGAAGGUGCAGACAUUUACCUUACCUUACUGGAGCAUUUACACCUAUACAAAAGACUUCGGGAGAAAAAGGCGAGACACAAUUAAGGACAGUAGCUGAUGAUAUGAUUCACAGCACUUACUCGUAAAUCUACAUUACUUACUACUAUAUACAUACCGUAAAAUCCCGAAAUAAACCCGUGGGCUUUUAAUUUUCAAAGGCCCUUUUUGAGAGGCUUAUUUUUGGAGGGGCUUAUCUACGGAGGGAAAUUUGCGUUUCAAAAUCGAUGGGGCCAGCCUUUUAGUUGGAAGGAAAUUUACCGUUUCUUCUUUGUUUUACUUUGUAUUUUAGGGCAAUUUCCAAGUACAAGCCCCCCCCCCCAGGGGGGGGGGGAAGGCUUAUAUUUGGGGAACCACUCUCGAGGCACUUCCUAGUGUCUGAUCACUUUGUCACCUCCCGUGGCAAGGAAAGUUAGAUGGCUGGUUGUACAAGGGUUUUUUUGCGUUACGAGUUUGGGGGACUUAUACAUGGAGUGGCUUAUUUUCGGAAUCUUACGGUAUCUCACAUGAACUUCAACAUUGCACCACUCUUGAGAUGAAAAAACAAUGCAAUUUCAGUCUUAUACGAGAUAAAUCUUGAGAUCAACAAAUAAUAUCCUUUUCACUUCAACUUAGUCCCUCAUGGUCAUAUUAUGAUGACGUCAUAGACACGAUUGAUGCAAAGAGCGUGGCCCCUGUCAGGUACGUUAAGGUUGACGGAGGAAACUCUUUGAGAAUUUAAUUUCAUGAUUUCAGAAGGUAAAAACUUGGUUAACGGACAUGGAAUAGAUAGAUAUAUAGAUAGUUUAUUAAAAUAUCGAACAUGGCAGUCCGCAGACUGAAUUGCGUUACAAAUACUUAAAACUGAACGAAAAACUCUCUAUAUAUAACUAGGUACAAACUAGUCCAAAAAUUAAACUCUGGAAUAAAAGUGUUCUUAAAAAUUUUAAUUUCAUAAGCCCUGGAUUUCUUAGAUUAUGUCUGUGAAGGUAAGACAAAAAUCCGGGCAUGACGUGAUAGACUGGUUAACGGACGUCUAGCGUGCAAUCGAACCUGACCAAACAUUCUGAAUACGACGCAUAAGGACAAAUGAUGGAGAGCGCUCUCUUUUGCACUCGUUCGAUGUUGAAUGUUCAGUUUUGUUAGCUUUCAGGUGGAAUUGUUUCCUUACUGUUACGUACUUUUUGCUUUAGCCAUCAAAAAGUUCUAACCCAGAGCCUCUUUUUUUCAGUAGCCUCUCAUUUAGUUCCAAGACAUAGCAAACAGCUAUGAUAUGUGUUUGCUGUGUUUAUCAGACAUAAUAAAGAGAUUAACAGUGAUGUUUACGGCAAAUAGCAAACGUCAGAUUAAGUUGAGAAUUUCUCAAAAUAUAAAACGUGCAGCUAAAAACAGUCUAAAACAAAACAAUUGUAUAGAAAAAACUAACAUGGAGCUACUAACUUUGGGGAAGGAGAAAUGAACAGUAAAGAAAACUGAAAACUUGGUCACGUGUUACAAAUUCACGUUUUCCGUAAACGUGACUCUAAAUCACUCUAAUUUCUUGUAGCGAAUUACGCAACCCAAAAUCCAUGAGUGAGGUCAUUAAUGGUGGAGCUACAAUCCCUUACACAUUAGAGAAAAGAAUUUUGCUUGUGCUCUUUUUUUUUUUGCUGUGAGUCUGGAUUCGCCAGGUUUUUUUCUUGUUGCUAUCGUCCAGGAUUGUUGGAUAUCAGAGAAACUACUUAAGGUCGUACGAAAUCUUCCUGAAACCGCUACUCUAUAAUGCGUUUGCCGUUAUGUACGUUUGCUCGCCCUAUGAUUCUUUCCCUUUCCCCAUCAAACAGUGGGUUGGUUAAGCAACGACGACGGCGACGGCAACGGGAAUGGCAAAAAAGCAAUAGGUUUAGAUUGGUAAAACAACACAUUUGCUCCUGCAUCACGCACGUGAAACUGCCUAAUUUCACGUUUUGUCGAGGACGGGAACACAAGACAACAACUUUCUUUUUCUUUUCCUGAACUUUGAUAUAGUCCUUUAGAGUUCAACUCCAGAAAAGUUUGCCAACAUCUGACGAAUUAAACGAGAUGGAAUAAGCGCGAGAAAGUUUGAAGCAGAGCGAAUUCACUUUUUAAGUGACGUUUUCGUCGCCGUCGCCGUCGUUGCUGCUUAAGCUCUCUAGUACAUAGAACCACAGCUUUCUGACACUCAAUUUGUUUGCUAUACCGCAAACUGCCGCUUCUAAGUCAACGCCCCAGCCCCCCCCCUCCUCCCUUACAAGCCCACCCAGUUGCAGGCCCAUGUACUUGUGAACAAACAAAAUACAUCUGGUUAUAAGUCCCUCUUCAGGAUUUGUUGAAAUGAAUUCGAUUUUUUAGUUUAGGAAAAAAAAAAGUAUUUUGUUUAGCUUUGCUUUCUCUGUUAUUGUAGAAUACAGUCCCACCCAGAUAGCACAUAUGGAAGUGAUCCGGCAUUGUAUGGUGAAGAGUACAUGCUCAGCAAGAAACGAACCCUGUGAGUAAAACCAUAAGAUGUGACGAACGUGAACUAAUCCAAUAGUAAUCGGUAUUAUGAUAGGAAUCCAGUUGAUCAUGGUGCUCAAUUCUGGACCUUGCUUACCAGAAUUCGACUUUCUCCAUCCUUUGGUUUUGUUGACUGCUUUAAUAGGGUGUGAGGGACAGACUUCAGAAAAAGUGGCAUAGAUUCGGAUUCCUAUUCAGUCGAUCUUCUCUUGGCCAAUACGCAUACUGCUAAGGUCCAAUUAGAAUGUUAUUUGAUACGGCAAGUACUUUGAUGCUUAUCUGUACAUUGAUUUUUUUUGUAUUUUGUUCUAUUCAGUUCAAUGGAAGAAAGAAUUUGGAAUGAAAAUGAUUACUACUUAUCGCAGGUGAGCACAGAAAUAUACAGACUGUUAAGUGGCCCUUUGAUUGUUUGCGUCAGUCACAAGCAAAUUUCAGAAAAACAGCCUCGUUUGUAAACAAAAUUCUUUACAUUUGCAGUCUUCGUACAUGAGUAUUCAACUUUGCUUAUUUUAGAAACAAGGCUUGGUGGUGAAUUUGUUCGUCUGACGUUAAAAUGCACAGGGCUAUAGACUUUGUGAUCUCCUGAGAUAUUUAGGGUACUAAAACACAAAAUCUUUUUAAAUCUAUCGUUCGCCGUCGUAGUGUGUACUCAAAUUACUAGAACCCAAACGGUCCGGGAGGAAACUUCUGGGUUUAAACAUAGGCAACCUCGUUCCCAGGGAACAAGGUUGAAGACCCGCCUGGACCACCCACCAGGUACAUGUACUUAUUAAAUAACUGGCAAGAGUCACAAACGGAGAUCACAGCCUUCUUCCUUUCUCCUCCUUCUUUCUUCUUUAUCGAUUCGAAAUGGGAAGUUAAAACUGCUGGUCAAAAAGAGUAGGAGAUCGCUUACACCUCGGUGGUGUAAACUACUUUUGGUAUAGCUUUACUAACUUCCCACUCUCCAAUUGACAAAUUUAGAGUCGGCUGGGUGAACAUUGAUGGCUUGAAAAAUGGCGCCUAGAGGUUGACAUUUUUGUAGUCCACUCUUUCGUCAAUGACUACUCGCUUUUGCUUUUUCACUCUUUUUGGUCUUUUUCUCGUUCUUUUCACUGCCACUUUCAUUAUUUCUAAUCAGGAUGACGAUGGUGAAUCGGAUCAUGACGCCGCAGCUAGUGAUAUUAGUCAGGCAAGCUCAGCUCACUCGUCCAGAGUCACAGCUGAUGGAGGGGUGGUAACAAAGGUGUAACCAAUGAGACUCUUACAAACAGAAUCCACCACGCCUGUAAUAAGGACGGUGAAGGAGUUGGAACCUUGCAAAAGAAUUUACAAAGUACAACAGAAUUUUCCGUUCUUACCGCGCCUGCUGCUCUAUUACAUUAGACU